AUGGUGCUCGCUCUAUUCUCGCGGGGAGCUCUCCGCAGUUCCGUCGCCGCCGGCGUCAGCAGCAAACGAUCCCUAUCCGAUGUAGCAAUCACACGCACUGGCAAAACUAUUCUACGAACAGAGGGCGGCCGGUCUUCUCUCGGAGGACAUACCGCGACAGUCUUCGGUGCGACGGGUCAAUUGGGUCGGUACAUUGUGAACCGCCUCGCCCGUCAAGGAUGCACCGUUGUCGUCCCUUUCCGCGAAGAAAUGACAAAGCGACACCUGAAACUCACUGGUGACCUCGGCCGCGUUAUUUUUGUUGAGUACGACCUUCGCAACACCGCUUCUAUUGAAGCAAGUGUGAGGCACUCGGAUGUCGUGUACAACCUCGUUGGCCGGGACUAUCCUACCAAGAAUUUUACCCUUGAGGAUGUGCAUGUGGAAGGAACAGAGCGCAUCGCCGAGGCUGUCGCAAAGUACGACGUUGAUCGUUAUAUUCACGUUUCGUCUCACAACGCCGAUGUCAACUCACCCUCUGAAUUCUUCGCGACAAAGGGACGUGGAGAGAUUGUUGCCAGAAACAUCUUCCCUGAGGCUACCAUUGUGCGACCGGCACCCGUCUUCGGAUUUGAGGAUAGCCUUCUGCUGAAGCUUGCUUCCGUACUGAACCUAUUUACAGCCAACAACAUGCAGGAGAAAUUCUGGCCAGUCCACUCUAUCGACGUCGGUGCCGCUCUGGAGAAGAUGCUGUAUGACGACUCAACGGCCGGCAAGACUUUCGAGCUCUAUGGACCCAAGCAGUACAGCUUGGCAGAGAUUGCAGCUUUGGUGGACAAGGAAAUCUUCAAGAAGCGACGACACAUCAAUGUGCCCAAAGCUAUCCUAAAACCGGCGGCCAAGGUUCUGAACGACGUUCUGUGGUGGCACACCCUCUCUGCGGAUGAAGUGGAGAGAGAAUUCAUUGACCAGGUCAUCGACCCUGAAGCUAGCACAUUCAAAGAUCUUGGUAUCGAACCGGGUGACAUUGCCAACUUUACCUACCACUAUCUGCAAGGAUUCCGAAGCUCUAAUUACUACGACCUCCCCCCUGCCACGGAGAAGGAAAAGAAGGAAGACAAGAAGUACAUCCAUGUUUUGGACGAGCUAUAA